CACGCGUCGUGAUUACGUUCAAAAGAAGAAAUUGUCACGUCUUGUUUUUCACUGCCCAGUGUGGUAAGCUAUCUUAGUAACACAAUUGUUUAUUUUAGCGAUAUGUUGAUGUGAUUUUCGCUUCACAAAAGUUAUUUUAAUCGCGCGUACACAUCAGCAGAAUAAUAAGUUAUCUGCCGUGAUAAUCAACGACGACAGCGAACUAAAUAAGACUCCACUUGCCGAGAAAAUAUUAGCUAAUGUUAGCUUGUUGUCAACGGGAACUGCACUAUAAACACCGGAGGUAUGUAAAAGCAAAUAGUGGAAUUAUUCAUCCACGAUGGCUGGGUUAGGUUUUACCCGUGCCAGAAAACAGGACAUUUUUAGCAUAGAGGCGUUUGAACCAUCGCCUUCUCAAACAAGCAGCACAUCCAGCGGACAAGAAGCCAGAGAGUUCUAUGAAAACCUCCUCAUAGAUGAUCAAGUGACUUUCAUGAGACCAUCUGGACAACAUCCUACGAAGACGAACAGGGGUUCCAGUAAAAGGAGGACUGAAACACAAGCCGUGGGAAGGGAAAGAAGAACGACUGGAGGAGCGGAAGGCAACCGAACAAGAGAGCCGACAAGCGGACAUGUCAACUCUGAGAUGUCCACGGAGCUCCAGGGUCUCAGACUGCUCCGUUUUGCCCAAGAUGGAGACCUCGCUGGGUUGAAGGACUUGCUUUCGAAGGGGGUGGACAUCAACUUCCAGGAUAGCUUUUUCUGGACUGGCGUGAUGUGCGCAAGCUGGGCAGGACAAAGAGCUGCGGUGAGGCUGCUGUUGGAGGAAGGCGCCGCCUGGGUGGGCGUUGUUGACACUCAGGGUCGAGAUGCCAAAGAUCUCGCCUUGGAGGCGGGCCACAGUGGCGUGUUGGAGGAGCUGGAAAACUAUGGGAUGAGUCCACCUCAACAAACUCAUACCAGCUCGGCCCGGCCUCGGUGGUGCGAAGCAUGCGGUGUGGACUAUACAAGCGGCCUGUCAUCUCAUCUGUCCUCCACGCUGCAUCAGUUCAAUAUGAAACGCCCCCCGCCAGCUCCGUACUACUGUCUCCCACCUUCCGCCAACAGUUACAAGAUGAUGCUUAGCUGUGGCUGGCGGCCCGGCUGGGGCCUGGGUCCGGAUGGACGAGGACCCAAGCGACCCGUGGCCACAGUCCUGAAGCGGGAUCAGAAAGGCCUCGGCUACGGGGCAAUAACGAGAGCCAGAGUGACUCACUUCAAAGCGGGGGAUCGGGAAGCAGUGAAACCACAGCGUCCAGAGGAAGAGGGACGGGGUCGGAAGGGGAAGACGAAAAAACAGAUUUGGAGAGAAGAACAACAAGAGAAGGCCUGGGAAAGAGAUUUCCGUGCCUCUUUCUAUCUUUGACGCUUACCAUGUUGUUUCACACUUGCAAUACAUUACAGUAGCUUAAGAUGUAUAUCUGUCUGGUUGUAAAAAUAACAUUUUAUUUCAGUGCAAAUGUCAAGGGGGGCGCGCCCCACUAUUUGAGAAGCACUGGCCUAGGUGACUGAUUCACAAUUUGGUUUUGUCUGAUAUCAGAGAUUAAAUAAAGAAAACCAACUGGCUGA